AUUUUCAGUUGUCGAGGCGUGGUCCUAGCGUUAGGGGGUAUUAGGCGUGGAGCUUCACUGGUUCUCUUCUAUUCUUCUACAUCAACCAAGCCCCUUGAACUGUGAAGUUGUGCAAUUUUUUCCCACUCAGAUCUUGUGGAUCAUCAUUUCCAAUUGUGACGAAGAAUCUCAUCUCCGUCAGGAAACACCAACCGUGUGUCAAACCUUCAACCGAAUGGAUUUGGUUUGAUUGUGUCAACAAAACAUAUUUUCAUCCUGAAGGCCUCAACAGUCGCGUCUGUUUUGCUCACCGGAAAAGCAGAGUACACCUGCUUGUAAAGGGGAAAGUUUUGUCACGCCAAUUAAGGAGAGUGCGACCCCACCCAAACGUUAAAAAAAAAAAGACACACAAAAAAUACUCUACCCCCAAAAAAUGGCCGGCCCGCGGCUCGGGACUUCCGGCCUACUAAUGGUUCUCUUCUGCAUGGCUUCGACAUCAGCGAUGGUUCAAUCACCGCCUCAGAUUGUCAAACAACCGCCGUCAGAUGAACUUCUCUUCCAAGUGGCGCAGCGUAUCGACGAGAACGACAAGCCGUUUAUCAUCGAAUGCGAAGCGGAAGGCGAACCCGGCCCAAAAUAUAGAUGGGUCAAAAACGGUUUCGAUUUCCUGUGGCAAAGCUACGACGACCGAAUCUCUCAACAGCCCGGACGAGGAACCCUGGUCAUCACGACGCCUCGAGAUGAAGACAUCGGUCAGUCGUCAUUUUGUGUUUGGCCUUUUGCGCCGGAUGAAAUUCAAUUUACUGAUGACGGGGGCAUUGUUAAUUUUGAUGCAGGGCAAUAUCAAUGUUUCGCAUCCAACGAGUGGGGAACGGCCACAUCGAAUUCGGUUUUUGUCCGAAAGUCGGAUCUCAAUUCGUUCAAGGAUGAACCGCCGAUGACGGUCUCGGCGCAGGAGGGUUCGCCUUUCAGUUUGCGCUGUCAGCCACCUGACGGCUGGCCGAAACCGUCCGUCUACUGGAUGAUGCAGAACAGCAACGGAGCCUUGCGCAGCAUCAAUUCGUCCAGGAUGACGGUCGAUCCCGAAGGCACGCUCUGGUUCUCCAACGUGACGCGCGAAGACACCAGCGAUGACUUUGUCUACGCCUGUUCAGCCACAUCUCUUUUCCGAAAUGAAUACAAACUGGGCAACAAAGUUUACCUGGACGUGAUCGCGACGGGCAGCGCGGCAGCUCAAAAUCGUCACGAACCCGUUUCGCAGUACGUCUCGCGCAAAAACGCCGUGGCCCAUCGCGGCAAAAGCAUCGAACUGUGGUGCGUCUUUGGCGGCACUCCCCUACCGCAAAUCCGCUGGACGAAAGAGGGCGCAGCUUUGCCCGCCGGACGUACCACCUAUUCUUCGUACGGCAAAACGCUCAUCAUCAAGAGCGUCGAUUCCGAGGACGCUGGCAAUUACGAAUGCGAGGCCAGCAACGGCGUUGGCCUGGCCAAAUCCUACUCGAUUAGCCUGCAAGUGCUGGCCGCUCCUUACUUUACGGUCGAGCCGGAAGUGUACGUUGGCGCCGAGGACGAAGUGGCCGAGUUCCGGUGCGAAGCCAACGGCUCGCCUUCGCCCGAAAUCAAAUGGAUCCACAAUGGCAAACCCCUCGAAGAGGCGGCCGUCAAUCCGCGCCGGAAAGUCUUCCCCAACCGCAUCGUCAUCGAGCGGCUGCAGAAGAGCGACACGGGCAACUACGGAUGCAACGCCACCAACAGCAUCGGCUACGUCUACAAGGAUGUUUACCUCAACGUGUUGGCGUUGGCGCCCGACAUCGAAGACGCGCCCGACGAUACGGCCACCGUCGACGGAUUGGCUGUCAAUCUGACGUGCAAAGUCUUUGGCUCGCCCAAGCCGCUCGUCAAAUGGAUUCGCGAUGGAUUGGAAUUGACUGGCGGUCGCUAUCGCGUCAUGGACAGCGGGGAUCUGGAAAUUAGGGAUGUGACCUUUACAGACGCUGGUGUAUAUUCGUGUCACGCAACCAACAAAUUCGGAUCGGCCAAUGCCAAUGGAACUCUGAUCGUCAAAGAGCGCACUGUCAUCAGGGACGGCCCCGAAGACUAUGAAGUGGCUGCCGGCCAGACGGCCACUUUCCGAUGUAACGCGGUAGCUGAUUCGUCGCUGAACAUGACGAUCGAGUGGCUCCACGCGGACCAGUUGAUCGAUUUUGAGCAAGAGCCACGGUUUGUCCAGUCGCAGGAUUCCUCGCUGACCAUCACGAAGACGACCGAGUUGGACACGGGCGACUACACAUGCCGUGCCAAAACCAUCCUGGACAUGGCAGAGGACAAGGCCACUCUCAUCGUUCAAGACGUUCCCAAUCGGCCGCGCAUGGUGGGCAUCCAGUGCAACAACCGCGACGCAGCCAUCGAGUGGACACCUUCGGGCGAUAAUCGAGCCCCCAUCUUGACGUACACCAUUCAAUUCAAUACGAGUUUCACGCCCGACAGCUGGGAAGUCUCGUUUGAGAACGUGCCAGCCACCGAGACGCGCUUCAAAGUGGAGAUGAGCCCUUGGUCCAAUUACACGUUUCGUGUCAUUGCCCGUAAUAAGAUUGGCCCGUCGCUUCCAUCGGACCACUCGUCCAUGUGCACGACGCCUCCCGACGUGCCCAAUAAGAAUCCCGAUAAUGUAGAGGGCCGUGGCACUUCGCCCACUAAUUUGGUUGUCACGUGGAACCCAAUGCCCGAGAUCGAACACAACGGUCGCAACUUUCACUAUCGAGUCUACUGGCGUCGGGACAUACCCGGAGAAGAUUGGAAUAUUGAAAUGAUUUCCGACUGGAGACAGUCAUCCAUCCUUAUACCUAAUCAACCCACUUUCAAACGCUAUCGAAUCAAAGUGGUGGCGUUCAAUCAGGUUGGCGAAGCCAACGUGGCAGCUCAAGAAGUUACCGGCUACUCUGGAGAAGACGUACCGUUAGAGGCGCCGUCCAACUUCACGUUGAACCAAAUUAUUGACGAACGAAGCGCCAUCCUUUCGUGGAAUCCAGUCAAUACGGACUCUGUGCAGGGUCACUUCAAAGGUUAUAAAAUCGAAACGUGGACAGAGAAGGAAGGAGAAAUUCGGGCUCGUGAAAUGAUCAGCAACGCAUCAAAGGCGUUCGUCAACAAGUUCGUGCCGCAUACGGUCAAUCUCGUACGCGUACGCGUCAUUAACUCGGCUUACCGAGGACCGGCCAGCGACAUUCUUUCUUUCAAGACGCCUGAAGGAAGGCCUGGACCAGUGGACUAUUUUGAAGCAGCUCCUCUUGGUUCGUCUGCUUUCUAUUUGAUCUGGAAGCAACCCGAAGAGCCCAACGGCAAUUUGCGUGGUUAUAAGAUUUUCUACGAGAAAGUGGAAGGCACGAAAAUUGGACCCCAGAUCGAAAGGGAACCGCCAAUCCGAGACCCAACGCAGACACGGGCUAAAUUGGCAGGUCUCGAACCCAACACGAAAUACCGCCUCCACAUCAAAGCAAUGACCAUCGCUGGCGAGGGUGACGAUUACUACAUCGAAAGGAGCACCCGCAACGGCAAUGCCUAUCCACCCGAUAAGCCGCAAUUCACAUGGAACCAGGUGACGUUGGACAACGGUAUGCCGGCCAUCAAAGUCGUCUGGCAUCCGAACGUCGACGGCCAACCGGGAUCUCACUUUUUUGUCCAGUUCAGACGCAAGGGCGAGACCAUCUACAUUAAAAGCGAAGAUGAGUUUGACGAGAACUUUAUCAUUUUACGCGGUCUGGAACCCAAUCAACUGUACGAAAUUUGCGCCGUCGUCGUUGAUGGGGAUUACUUUACCGAAAGCGACCCUGAAGAGGUUGAGAUGUACGCCGACGGACCUUACAUCCAAGGAUCUUCGGCCGUAGCCUCGACCGGAUGGUUUAUCGGCAUGAUGCUGGCCCUUGCAUUAUUGCUCUUGGUCUUGGUCCUCGUCUGCAUCAUCAAGCGAAACAGAGGUGGAAAGUAUGCUGUCCAUGAGAGGGAGGCCACUCACGGUCGCAAGGAUUUCAACGAAGAUGCUGGAUUCCAUGAAUACUCUCAACCAGUCGGCAGCAGUCGGGCGCCUAGCAAAGCGUCGUUGAGCAGCGGUGCCAAAAUGCCACCCGAGAGCGAAGAUAACGACUCCAUGGCCGAAUACGGAGAAGGAGAAGCCGAAGGCAUGAAUGAGGACGGUUCUUUUAUCGGCCAAUACGGCAAGAAGCGUGGAGACGGAUCAUCUGCUUUCGCCACUCUUGUCUAAAAAAAAAAAUUAGUGAAUAAAUAAAAAUAAGAAACUGCCUCUUCUUUCAACGUAGCCGACUGUAUAGUUCUGUUAUGUUGCCAGGUGAAUUUGCUGAAAGUGGUUCAUUUAUUGGACAGUAUGGUCAAAACAAAUUGCCGACCCCUUUGACAACGGCUAGCGUGGCAACUAUUGUUUAGAAACUCAACCAUUUUUUUUUUCUGUUUACUCUACAACAACAACAACAAACAACAAAAGAUUCACACCGUUCCCUCCACUUCCUUUAUUUUUAUUUGAGUUAUUAUUAUUUUUUUUUUCCUUUUUUAAAUUAUUCUUCUGUCAGCCUGCCGGAAAAAAACAGAUGAAGGCUAACAUAAUUAUUUUUGUGGACUGCAAUCUCGUAUUUUUUUUAUUUUUUUUUUUCUUGUGUACAUUGUGCAAUGCUGAUGCUUUGUUAUGAGCUUUCUGCUGACUUUCUUCGACAAUUCUCCCCCCCCCCUUUUUUUUGGGUUUGUUUGAAUCUCUCUUCUUUAUUCCGUUAUACUGACUUCUUACUGGUUGUCAUAUCAAAUGUGUGUGCGCGUGGAAGCGAAAAGCCAAACGCAGGAGAGUUUAAUGCUGUCGUAGAAUUUCUAGCGUGUCGGAAGGGGGAGUGAGUUGUUGACAGGUGCCUACAUGGAGUCAUAACCCUCUACUUGUGUCUAGUGCCCAUAUACAUGCUUCUCUCCUGCUUCUUGGAUGAUACAACCGCCCCCAUAUAUUAUAUUCCUCUCCCUUCAAACAAAGCAGCUCCUUUCCACUCUACAUCCUUCUCAAACAACUUAAAAUGCACAAAGAGCCAAAAAAGAAAACUUUUUUGCACUAUUGCGAUCUUGACCAAAAAAAAAAAUGCAAGGUUGCUCCAUCGAUCUGAGUUUCUUUACCACAAAGAUCCGGCUUUUCCUGAAAGCCAGCAUUUUGUUUUUUGUUUUGUAGGUUCAGUUCUGCAGCUUUUGCAGCUGUUUUAUUUUUGUUUUUUUUUGGGCCAAUUAGCCAAUCACAACCGUCCUGUUCAUUAUUUUGGUUUUUCCCUACUUCUUUUUGUCAUCGUCCGCCGAUUUUUAUUCUUUUCAAUCGCCAGCUUUUGUCCUUCCACACAUUGUGUAUUGAUCUUUAUAUACAUUCCCGCGAAAAAAAAAAAACUAAAAUUGUUUGUGAAAGAAAAGCAGGUCACCAACAUUACAGUUUAACUUCAACAAUAAUAAUAGUGCACUCGUCUGUGUUUAAAACGAGCAUGAGAAAACAGCAGUAUGUUAUGUAAGGGAGAGCCUUGGUUAAUUGUGCAGGGCAUAGAUGACGCCAUAUAGCCGAUGGAUUUGCGAACAUAACACAGCUGCCGAAAGCGGACGGGGAAACAGCUAAUAUUUUUAUAUGAAGCCCUCUUUCCCCUUUCUCCUUGCAAAUGAAUUUGAAUAAAAGCUCUACACGCAUGUUUUAACAAUAA